AUGAAGUUCCUCAAGGUUGGCCGCGUUGCCAUCAUCACCCGUGGAAGAUUCGCGGGCAAGAAGGUUGUCAUCAUCCAGCCGGUUGACUCAGGCAACAAGCUGCACCCGUACGGCCACGCCCUGGUUGCCGGUAUCGAGCGGUACCCGUCCAAGAUCACCCGGCGCAUGUCCAAGAGCCGGCAGGAGAAGCGGAGCAAGGUCAAGCCGUUCAUCAAGAUUGUCAACUACAACCACCUGAUGCCCACGCGCUACACCCUGGAGCUGGAGGGCCUCAAGGGCGUUGUCUCCAACGACACCUUCAAGGAGGUCAGCCAGCGGGAAGAGGCCAAGAAGACGGUCAAGAAGGUCCUGGAGGAGCGGUACACGAGCGGCAAGAACCGGUGGUUCUUCACUCCCUUGAAGUUUUAG